UCCGGGGAGAAGAAAAUCGAUGGUCGUAGAGGGUGUAAUUACAUGAUUUCUAAUUUUCUUAUCAGCAUUUUAAUGGUUUCCUAAACUAAUUAUCUGAUCUUAAUCUUUUCACUUCACAAUAUUAAAUCCGCGGAAGCAAAGAAGGCGUCUUUUUCCUCUUCGGGGUUUUGAUUCUUGUAAACUUCUGGGUAAGGGAAAGAACUGCCGGAGAAAUGCUGAGUGAGACAGAGCUUGCAAAGUGUGGCAUCACCAAGGGCUCAGUGGUGGAAGUGAGUUCCGACGAGGAAGGCUUCAAAGGCGCAUGGUACAGAGCCCUUCUCGAAGAAACCCCUUUGAAAUCUAGGCGCAAAAAGCUUCUAGUCCGCUACUUGACGCUGCUCAAGGACGAUGGUCUCACUCCCCUCCACGAAGCCGUCGACUUGGGCUUCAUCCGGCCGUUGCCUCCGGAGGAUGUGGUCGUCUCCGGAGAGAGUUUCGACGAAGGAGACGUUGUUGAUGCCAGUUACAGAGAUGGAUGGUGGACUGGGGUCGUCAGGAAGGUUCUGGAGGACGGGAGGUACAUCGUCUACUUCGAUAACCCGCCUGAUGUUAUCGAAUUCGAUGGCACGCAUUUGCGGGCACAUUUUGAUUGGAUCAACGGGAAAUGGGCCCGAGCCGCUAAGCAGCAAUUGGAAAAAUCGGCAUUUUGCUCCGGGACAGCAGUUGAGUUGAGGACUGAGACAGAACAUCUGCGUGAUGUCUGGGUUGGGGCAGUUGUUAUCAAGGAGAAUGAGGUUGGAACUGUCUAUGUGAAGUACAGGACUUUGAGGAACGGUGAUGAUGCAGAAUCGAGGAGAGCUGAUGUUGAAUCGAGCAAGAUCCGACCUACACCAUUGCCUUGUAAGGACAGAGAGUAUAUGAUACUGGAAAAAGUUGACGUGCGUCAUGAGUCGGGAUGGCGUGAAGGUGUGAUUACUAGAAUUAUGGCUGGAAAUAUAUACAAAGUGUUUUUCCGGCGUACAAAAGAGAGUUUUGAUUUCACUGAGUCGGAUCUAAGACCUUCCAUGAAAUGGAAUGGUGGGAAGUGGGAGAUGGAACCAAAGCUCGAUACCGCUAUGUCAAAUGAUCUAACGCAAUCGGGGCACAUCAACGACAAUGCAAUCAACUUUGAGCAAGUUCCAGGUACCACCCAUGACAAAACUGAAGAAAGGACUCCUUCCAAACACUCGAGGAAUAAGUCAGGAGGCCGUUCAACUUUCACCAGUAAAGUCUAUUCUGUGUCCUCAGCAAAGAAAACGAAGCUAACAAGCCCUUCUGCUGAUGCUAAGCAAUCGAUUCCUGCUGAAUUGUGUAAUGGAGCUUCAAACGGCGAGGCCUCCACUGAGAGCGAAGCAUUGAUCCACAAAGUUGCAGCAGCUAGAGAAAAACAGCAAGUAUCUGGCGCAGAUACCUCUGUCAGAUUCGAGCAAGGGGCGGCAGAAUCAGCAACUUUGGUGAAAGAAUCAGAGGCCAAAGCUCAAGGAAAAAUAUCCCUGAAGAUAACACUUCAGACAAGGAGGAAUCAGGAGGGCCCGGCAAAUGGUUCAUCUCGAGUGAAGGAGACUGAGGAGAAAAACAGCAACAUCAGUCUCAAGAGGAAAAGAGGCCGACCACAUAUGUACAUGAGCCCAGAGUCUCGUCAGGCUGAUGAUCGAAAUGCGUCUGGUCAAAAGGCUGGUGGAACUUCCUGUGAUCAAAAGGCCACGACUAAAGAUACCCGUAAUUUCCCUGAUGAAGAUCAGCCUCUCAGUACAUGGAUCGGAGCGAAUUUGUCAUCUGCUGAGGAGGAAUUAAGGCUAUCUCCCACCAGCACUCUCAAUGAAGUGAACAACUCUCCGGGAGAGAAAGAGAUUGACGUUGUUAAAACCCCGACGCAAGAUUCAUCCAUCGUUUGGCCUUUUGUGAAGAGAUCGCCGAUUUGGGAAACUGUCGAGUCAAUGGAAGCCUUCAAAUCAGUACCUCAAAGACCACAUUUCAGCCCGUUGCUCGAAACCAGAGAGGAGUACCGUGAAGGGUCAGCCAUUGGAAUGAUGGUCACAUUCUCUGGGCUGAUCGAGAAGGUCAACAAUCUGCUAUUGGAUGACCCGAGAAGCACUCUAGAGGGCGUCAAGGAAUGCCUUAUCGAUGUCCAGAAACACGGGUUUGAUGCUAUAUCGCCGCUAUGCAGAGUUAACGAGCUGCUGUGCAUCAAAGACCAGCAGAUGCAGACGCUGGACCGAAUAAAAAACGUCAAGAGAGAGAUUGAGGAGCAGCAGAAGAAAAGCCACAAGUGCAAAGAAGACGUGGAAGGAAUCACAAACAAGAUUCUUGAACUGCAGGGCCAGCAGGCCGCCAUGAUGAAGCUGAUGGAAUCAAUGGUGACAGAGACAGCUCGGCUUCAGUCCGAAGCUGCAAGUCUUGACCAGACAAUCCAGAAUAUAGAACACGAGUUCCAGAAAACCAUCACGGCUCCUUGGAACUCACCACUCUCAGGUAAAAACAUAUAACUUGAUGAUAUAUAGAUAUGGUCUGGAAAUGAAACUAACUGCCUGUUACCUUAUGGUAUGACUACUGAGCCUUUUGGUAGCUAAUUAUGCAAUGUUUGUUCAUAUAAUUAAUCAUUGCUAAGUACCUAGAAGUUAGAACCAGAAUUUGUAGCUAUUCCACUGCUGCAAACUUGUUUAGUCUUUUUUUUUUUUGUGGGUAUUAAUCUGAUGGAGUUUAGGUGUUA